AUGCCUUCAUUAAUGAAAUGUGUUGAGAGGGUUUGCUGGGAGAUAGUUACAAUUAGCAGGGCUUGGUGUUCUGAAAAAACGAAAUUCAUAUGCACUUUGAAUUGUCAUGUCGAAGGUUGCCGCUUGGUGACUCUCGUAUGCCGAUAUGGAAUGUCAUCCGGAGUUGCUGGUUGUACUCAAGUUGCUUCAAAGAGUGUAGAGAGUCGCAUGGAGGCUCAAGUGCAGCUCAUGAAGAGUCAAAUUGACUACUUGCAUGAUGCUUUGGCCGAGGGGUUGGUGUUUGACGCUGAAGAUGGUGAUCAACGGACAUGUAUCUUUCGUACUAAGUGUUCGGUUGGGUGGUCCAAUGAAGUUGAUUUAGUAAUCGACGGGUAUCCACCAUUAAAGAAAGAUUUGGCGUUGGCUGUGGUUUUGGCGUCGGUUGGGGAUUUGGAGGUAUCAAAAUCUGAUAAUCCUGCGGUCAGACAAAGAUCUACGAAGGAAUUAUUUGGCAUGCCAUUGAAUAUUUUGGGCCUUGGUGCAGGUGGUGGCUGUGGAGUUGGCUCUAAACUCGAAAGGGUGAUAAACGUGACGAAGUUCAUGGGAGAACACCCUGGAGGAGAAGAGGUCUUGAUUGAACAAGCUGGAAAGGAUGCAACGGAGGAAUAUGAGGCCAUUGGACAUGGAAAAGCAGCUCAAGCUUUACUCUUGAAAUGCCAAGUUGGGCGUUUGGAAGGAUACAAAUUUGCCCAAGAGGAUGUUGAAGCUGAUGGAGAAGGCAAAAAAGGUAAUCCCAAGAAGGCUAAAGGGAUGAAAGCUGUGUUGAUUAAGGAAGAUCCACCACCGAAAUACGCAGUGUUUUUGGAGUAUUUCAUUCCACUGGCAAUUGCACUCUCCUACUUUACUUAUCAGUGCUUGAUUUGA